AUGGAUCAGUACGACCACUUCUCAGCCCUCUCAGCACCCAGUGGCUCUUACCCUUCAGCCAGCAAUGGCAACACCAACAUCCUCCUCAAUCACGGCAUGGUCUCUUCCGAGGACCUCACAGAGAUGCCACGCAUUCAGAAGCGUCCACGACGUACCCAUGCUCGUCGUUCUUGUCAGAUGUGUCAACAGCGCAAAGCAAGGUGCGAGUUGCCAGACCUUGACGUUCCUUCUGGUCCUCUCCCACUUCCAGAGCAUCAAGCUUGCCAUCGUUGCAAGACCCUUCAGAUCUCGUGCAUUGUCGAUGAUGCCAACAAGAAGAAAGCCAAGAAGCCAGCUGCUGAUGGCAUCAACGCCAAGCCAGCGUCGACCAAGAAGCGAGACUCUGUACCCAACGCUGUCCGACAGCAAGGCAUGCGAAAAUCAUCCACCAAUGCUUCCCUCUCUUCUUCAUUAGGCGAACCAAUGAGCAUCGCUAGCACCGGCAGCAGUAAUGCCACCAGCCUCUUACCUUCCGGUGUCGCCUCUGCCGAUACUGAUUCCGAUGCCGACAACCUCAAGUAUGCUGGAGGUCGCGUGUUCGCUGAUCAGAUUGUAUACCCCGCCGAAGCACGUCUCGUCUCCCGGACCCCUGAAUCGUCCUCAGAUGAAGGCACACCACCGCCUUCCGCCGCUAACAACGAUCAAGCCAGUGCAGCUUCCGGUCGUGCCGGUUCCACAGAGACCUACAUCCAGACAAACGAUCGCUGUCCCAAUGACACCGCAAACAUCGAUAUCUGGGAACGCUUUUCCACCUGUAGUCGACCUCUCACCCUACUCACCGAGCUAGUUCCACGUCAGAAUGGCUUCGCCUCCAAAGUCUUCCGUCUGGUCUCGGCACGAGCUACCAUUGAGACUGACAUCACAGAGCUUGUCUCUAACGAAAAGUCCAAGAUCCUCAGCGACUGGUGCGAGGAGAACCUUACCUUGUGGCUACCCCAUGUUUCCAACGCACAUCAGCUACGUCAAGAUGCACUUCAAGGCAAGCAAACGCUCUCGACACAGCUGCUCGAGCAAGUUCUCUACUUGAUUGCCAUGCAGCACAUCCGCGAUCCUAAGGAUGACGUGGUACGCUUCUCUGUUGCCAGGUUCGUCAUUCGCGAUCUGGCACGAGUCAUGAUGACUUCUCCACGAUCGCAAAAGGCUGUCGAAGCGUUGGAGUUGCUCGCUCUCUUCCCUGUCGACGUCUCGGUCAUUCCAGGUCCGUCUCGUAAUCGCAUCCGUACCGACGCGCUUAUCAGCACAGCCGAACGAUUCGCUCGUUCUGUCCGCCUUGACCGCGUAGCACUCACGGCUGCCGCACCUUACUCCUUCUUCUCGUCGAACAACCAACUCGACGAUUUCGAGACCAAACGCACCGCAAUGGAGUGGGCUAGCGUCAAGACAUGGCACAACUGUUUCACCAUGGGUGACGACGAGCUGUACGAGAGCGUCGAUGAACGAUUCUUCUGUGAUGAUUGGAGUCGAUCCUUGAUGCUGACUACUGAAGAAGACGCCGCCCCACUCGAUCUCACUCCUGAGGCUCGCGAGGCCAGACUUUCAGGAGAAGAGCUAGCGAUCGGUACAGAAUACCACAUGUUUGCGGAGCGACGCUGGUCCAGAAGACGAAGGAUCGGAAGCACAGGUUUGGCAAUGCGAUGCUUGGCGAUGAAGCAAUUGCUCGUUGCCUUCGACGCUAUUCGCAACUCUCCCAUCGACGUUUCCGAGUCCGAACGCAUUGCCAAUGUGUCAAAGAUAUUUGACGAGUAUACCAGACAGAUCAGCGCCGUCGAUCAAGAGUUCCGCGGUCACCUCGUUGAUGGUCCCGAUGGCUGUCAGGUCUUGUCCACAUGGCUCACACUCGAAACCACUGCUGGCUACCUGCUUGUCCUUGGCGCCGGCAUCCUUCGUAGUCUUGGCAUCGACAAGAAGGAGAGUUUACCAUCUCACGAACUUGCUCUUCUCAUCCAAGAUGAAAACGCCUCGGCAGUCAUGCGCACCUUUUUGACGCGCUAUGGAGAGCAACGCAUCCUGGCAGCCGAGAAAGUGCUGGUCAACGUCUCCCUUCUGUGCUCGGAAGCUCGAUCUGGCCGCGUAGCUCCUUCUGGGGAUUGGACUCGCGAUAUGCUGCAGGCAACACACUCGCCUACACCGAAUAAGAAGCGUUGGAUGGUCGAAGGGCAAUCUCGCACGGUGCUCCCAAUGAUGAAUGUCUGCGGCUACGCCCUCGAAGCGGCGUUCAACGCAAUGGAGAUGCACGCUACCAUGUUCAAGCUUUGGAAGACACCUCCGAAGAGGUCGGAAAGCUGGCAGGCGGUGUUCAGCAACGUCAUCAAAGCGAUGUUGAGUCUGGAUCCUAAGGGCAGCAUUCAGAAUGGAAGCAUUCCUGCGACUUGUGCGUAUGUCUUGCAGGGAAUGUUGAAAGUCAUUGUUACUUGGACUGAUUGUUCGAGGAAGAAGGAGAGCCAGCGUACUACGGCAAACACUCCUGGUCGAGGCGCAGGGGAAGGCGGUGGUGUAGGAGGCAGAGCGAAUGGUUUCAGUAGUUCGCCGGAUGUAGCAAGAUACGAGGCUUUGCUGCAGGACUACGCCCAGCAGCAACCGCAGGGUCUGGCCAAUGGAGGGUUCAGCGUCACAGCCUCAUUAUUCGAAGCUAACUUACCACACCAAGCCCAAGGGUAUAGCGAUCUCCGCUCCAAAUUCUGUCCCAACCCAACCAGCAAUAUGCGAUCACAACCUUACCAACCUGACACAACAGAAUCUCUCGCAGCAGCUAUCCCGCCUCCUCACUUCACAAACCUUGCUCAACAGCAAAGCUACUCUUUCCCGCAACUCCCGCCUUCAGCGAUGGACACCUCGAGUUACCGUUCCAAUCCUUCGAAUUCUUCUAGUCAUUCUCAUAGCCCACCUCACACCGCCGACUACACGUCUGCGAACGGAAUGCAGGGAGCUGCUGUAAACGGUAACGGUGAAGGAACAAUGGCAAGGGGGAUGAACACGAACGCAAACGGAGAACAAAUGCCUGCGGUUGCUAUAAAUAGUUUGGAUUUCAUCCUGAACGAUGUUUUGGGCUCUAGUGAAUGGAGUGGUAUUCUUAGGGAUAUCUGGAGGACGGACAUCUGA